ACACCAUCUUCCAAACUUGACUCCCAUUUGCAGAAAAGGCAUUCAACCCUUUCUCGGAAGCUACCAAGUGCAAAAUGUACUCGUGCGGGACUUGCUAGAGGCAGUUCCCUGCAGGAGAGCACUCCCGCGACCAACACUGUAAUGCAACAGGGCACUAUACACCUGAAUGGGAAUGCGACUCUUGUGGUGCCGGUUUCCAUACCCACAAGCAGUGUAUGGACCAUAUGGUCAACUCCUGCUUCUACUGUUGUCACUGCGAUCAGCAGUUCUCGAGCUGGCAUGCUAUUAGCCAGCACUUAAACUCCAGACGGCAUCAAGGAAUGAGCUACUCGGGUGUUUCAACCUAUCAAAAAGGAGUCUCUUGCCCCUUCUGCAAGGCAUACUACCAAGCUGCCAGUGGUGUUGUUCACCAUCUUGAGCGCGGAUGUUGCCCCAACGCACCUCUGGACCGCGACACGCUGUAUCAAGAGGUCCGACGACGAGACCCCAAUGGCUUCGUCUGCAACAAACUUCUUGAAUGGCACGGAACAGUGUCUUACCAUGCAACCUCUGUCGCCUUCAACUCACGCUAUGGACAAUACGAGUGUUACUUCUGUGGCGACUUGUUUAGACAGCUGUCGAGCUUGAAUCAGCACCUGGCCUCACCACGACACCAGCAAGAGCUCUAUCACUGCCCAAACAGAAAGUGCCUCAAGGAAUUUACAACUCUAGCUGGUAUGGUCAACCACUUGGAGAGCGAAUCAUGCCGCUUCCUGCGAUUCGGGGCUGUUCAGAAUGGUAUUCGGGGCUUCUUCUCUUCGGAUCGCUUGAUUGCGUUCUGAAGCACAACUGGAGUGCAUAUUGAUGUUCGAUUAAGGGAAAGAAAUCACUGGCAUCUCUUAUAGGAACACAUGAAAGCUGGCUGGUAUUAAGUCAUGGUACAGUGGUCUAGGAGAUGAAAGAGAAACAAACUCGGACUUGAGUUGACCUCGUGGCGCAGCCACCCAUAUGGUAGAACGGGAUAUUAUCAAUGAUGAAAGAGUCAUGUACCAUUACCAUUCAAGGAGUGUCAAUGACACCCAGGUUGUCACAUAAUCAUUUGGUCAUAUCAUUCACUCAUUAGCAGAGUCAGCAAGGAGGUCCAUCUGCUGUUUGUACACAACUUAGCUUUUACAAAUACUUGCUUCUUUUUCUG